AGAUCGUUGGUUACAGAGAUGGUGGGUUAAGGCAUGUGGGAAAGUUUUUUAUGUUUUGAUUGAUGAACAGAAUGGCUUCGUAUCAAUUCCGCAACCAGCCGAAUCAGGCCUACAAUCCCUUCUCUAAAAGUGAAAUCCGCCAUAGUCGUUCCAAAGCUCAAAUGUGCCUUGAAAAGAUUCUACUCAUAAUUUCGUCUUUCCCUCCUGAUUCAACCUCCUCAAAGCAACCAACUUCGACUGCUCAACUCCAAGAAUCAGAUGAUUCUAUGACAAACGAAAACAGGGCUUUGCUUUGUGUGAAUAAAGGGUUUGAUAUGGACUUGAAAAAUAGCUUAGAUCCACCAUCAGAGAUACGGGAAUCGAAGUCCGCCGCCGGAGAUGAAAGGCUGGUCAGUGGCUGUAGCGCCGUCGCAGAGGGUUGGGUAAGUGAUUUUCCGGCCGUAAGUAGUGGUGUUUUGAGGAUUGAUAAGAUCUUAGAAGGUGAAUGUGCUGAAAUGACGGCGGAGAAGAAGUACGGAAGCGAUUCAUCAGCUAUAGAUGCAAAUGAGGAAGAAGAAGAAGAACCGGCAAUAGUUGCAGAGAAAGCCAUUGGGGUUUCAUCGCAAGUUCAAACCUUGGAGAGUGACGACGAUGGAGAUUCUGAAAAAACUAACGGCGAAGAACAAAGCAACAUCGAACAAGAACAAGCUAAAAAUGAAGAAAUCAAUGGCGAUGGAUUUCUAGGCUUGUUAAUCGAAGCCGCAGAGUUGAUUUUCGGCGAGUUCAGAGAUGAUGAAUCGGAGGUUCACAAUCACAAAUCCACCGGAACAGAAACGGCCGUGAAAAAAAUUAACGCGAAGCGGCCGGAGCCGAACCAUUUUCCGGCUUACGGGGAUUUCGAGGACAUCUCGCCGGUGGUCCGAUCAAAGCGGGGACGUAGUCAGGUUCUGCCGUACAAGUACAGAGACUCCGUUCUCGAGCCAUUAACACCAUUGUCGCGACACAGAUCAAACAUGGUUCCGACGAAAAGAAGAUCAAGAUGAAGACAUAUAGAUACAACAAAUAUUUAGUAUCACUUUUUGCAGGCUCAGAGGAAGAUUGAGAAAUAUCAGGUGAAAAAAA